UUAAGCUGGAGCUGUCCAGGGUUUGAUGGUGAAUGCGAGCGUUUAUGUUGCCUCAUUUCCUGUAUUUGACUCUCAGUCGAGAGAGAGAGAGAGCUAGAGACACACACACACACACACAGAGGGGGAGGUUGGUUCCUGAUACCGAGACACGGAAAAGCAGGGGAGGGAGAAUUACAGAAAAAGAAGAGCGUGGAGAGAGGGAGACAGCGAGCAGGGGAAUUACACUGACCGACACACACGCGUCUCCCAGCUGACUGCUGACAUUGUUGACGUGCUCAUUCUCCCAAACCUGUCACGAGCGAAAUACUGGAGCUCCAAAGCAUCGACAUCGCGCUCCCCCAGAACUCAUGGGUUAACAGACUCUGUUCAGGAGAAGCAGCCACCCGUUAGUCCAAUGAAUAACCGGAAGGAAGACAUGGAGAUCACGUCGCACUACCGGCAGCUCCUGCGGGAGCUGAACGAGCAGCGGCAGCACGGCAUCCUGUGCGACGUGUGUGUGAUCGUGGAGGGCAAGAUCUUCAAAGCACACAAGAACGUGUUGCUGGGCAGCAGCCGCUACUUCAAGACACUUUACUGCCAGGUGAAGAAGGGCUCAGAGCAGCAGGCCACCAUCACGCACCUGGACAUCGUCACAGCUCAAGGCUUCAAGACCAUCCUUGACUUCAUGUACUCCGCCCACUUGGCGCUCACAAGCAAGAAUGUGAUCGAGGUGAUGUCGGCCGCCAGCUACCUGCAGAUGACUGACAUUGUGCAAGCUUGUCACGGCUUCAUCAAGGCAGCGCUAGACAUCAGCAUUCGCUCCGAGCUCGCAGACGAACUUGCGGAUAUUGAGAUGGGCAACGUGGUGAGCUCUAUGGGAGGCGGGGCUGGGCCCGGGGUGGGCGGAGCCUCGGAAGCACUGGCGUCUAUGAUCUCGGCCCGCAGUUCCUCGCCGUGGUUGGCCAGACGCACCAGCCCGGCGAACUCAUCUGGAGACUCAGCCAUCGCUAGCUGCCAUGAAGGCGGGAGCAACUACGGCAAAGAAGACCAGGAACCCAAAAGCCAUGAGAGCCAGGAGGAUGCUUGUUUGCAGCCCUUGUGGCCUGCUGAUUACCGUUCUGUCCAGGUCAAAGAGGAGCAGGUCUCCCCCUCCAAUCUGCAAGACGGGGCUGGCCGAGGGGCACAAGGCAUGCCUGGAGAGCAAGGUGGACGAGGAGAGGGGGGCUGGCAACCCCCUGGCUCGGGCCGCAGGAAGAACCGCAAGAACAAGGACACAGUCAGGCACAUUACCCAACAGAAUGAAGGGGACAGUCGGACGGCGUCUCCGCUGCCAUCCAUGCUCUCCAAUCCUGGCUGGAGCUACGGCAACCAGGACAUUCCAGGUGCAGAAGUGACGGAACCCAACAUUUCCGACAGCCGCGGCGAGCGCAUGGACCUCCUGGUAAAGCAGGAGGAGGCCGCAGCGGGGGACGGCGGGUUUCUGUCUGGGGAGCGGGAUGAGGCCGUGGCCCAGGAGAGAGGGGGCUCAGUGGCCAACCUGCGAGCCGCCCUCAUGAGCAAGAACAGCUUGUUGUCUCUGGGGGCAGAGAUGCUCGGAGAGGAGAACCAGCUUCUGUUCGACUACCUGCCCAAGGGAGGACACUCGCUCUCCCGGCCUCGUUGCUCCAAUGGCAGCAGCAGCUCCCACCAUCCAGGGGCCCUGUUUGGUAGCAAACACGGGGCAUCUACAUCUUCUCCUCCGUCUACUCUUCCUCCUCUUCCUCUUCUACUGCCGCCUCCGCCAUCUGUGCCACGGCCCCCAGGGGCCCUCUGUAUGCCACAGUCUGGGGGCCCCCCAGACAAGCUCUAUGCGGAACGGGCCCUGAAGGCCUCACCGACUGAGGAGGAAAUGCAAGAAGACAAUAGUCCAAAUAACAAUGCAGGGCUGGAGCGUAUCCAGGUUCCUGUAGAGGAAGAUCAGAUGGUGGAGGAGAAGCAUGGAGUGUGUGUGGCGGAGGUGCAGGGCGGAGGGCCGGGCUGGCGGCAGGAGCUUGCCUGCUCUCUGUGUAAGCAACUGUUUAGCAGCCUGCUUCAACUGAGACAGCACGAAUACAGCCACACGCUCUCGCUCAUGGCCCUCUCGCUGGACUGCCUCGACCAUCAUCGCCCCCUAGUGGCCCCGUCUCCGCUCAACCCUCCGCCAGCGCGCUACCAUUGCUCACAGUGUCCCGCCAGCUUCACCCUCAAGUCUAACGCCGACCGCCACGAGAAGACCAUCCACCUCAAACGGAAGCUGAUGCAGUGCAUGUACUGCCUCAAGCACUUCCGCGACCGAACAGACCUGAACCGCCACCUGUCGUCCGUGCAUUCCAGCGAGCGCAUCUACACAUGUCCCGCUUGCUCCCGAACCUUCAGCACACAGAAAAACCUGGCUACCCACGGCAAGGUCUGCUGUCAGUCAGGAAUCUCGCCCACAGAGCAGCUGUGGAACCUGCACAGCUUAAAGGAAGAUGACCAUAUCCGUAUAGACGACUGAUUCUGCAAACCAGCAACAUUUAUUACUUGAUUACAAAGGGAAUGUGAUACAAAGUUCAGGUCAUCCCAAAUCAGGCCUCCCCCAACUUUUGGCCACAGCACUGUUGACAUUUCUACACUUUUUUUACUGUACUUCAGAUUUGUAUGUUCUUCAAAUACCUAAAUCGGCAGGUUUUUUUAUGACUACUGCAUAUGGCUCCUGAGGCACAAAUGCUAUGCAAAAUAAAGACAUUUUAUGUCAUUUCUCUUGUCGCAUAUAGAGCUGUCUGCUUUGUAUACCACGCAGGAUUAUUCAAGGUUUUACUGAAGACUGGAGAACAUAGAGAUCUCAGUGCAUUGGAUGCCAAUGCUUUUUCAUUCUGGGUGGCUUCGCACCCCUCUCUUUACCAGCGAACUAAUCUUAUUAUGCUUAGAUGGACUCAGGCGCAGGGGUCUCUGUAACUUACCGAGUAGUGAAUUCAGCUGUUAAACCUGUGCACGAUGCUGCCCUCUGCAGGAAAAUCUCUCUGUUGUAUUCUGCACUUGAGUGUGACAAGAUGAUUAGGGAUGAGGAAGAUUAGAGAAUGUCCUAAAUCUUUCAGCAAGCUAUGUUGUCUUCAAAUGUAUGUGUGUGUGUGUGUGUGUGUGUGUGUGUGAGAGAGAGUGCAUUGAAUCAUGUCAGUAAUUAGCUCUUCUCGGCUCUCACCCAUGCUGACCCUAAAUCGCACUGAUAAAGGAGAUGUGAGAGGAAAAGACGUAAGUCCUUUAAAGUUGUGACCGGUUGUGACCUCACACUAGCCUCCAAACCUGACCGUAACAGCCAGUAGAAAAGUAAGAGGAUUGAAGAUGUUUCUGGACCCCUGAUGGAUCUAAAUUAUAGUUGUGUUUUUAUAUGUCUAAUGUUAAAUCUCAUAGAGCACCUAUUUUUGGGUGAUUGUUGAAGAUGGAAGUGUCAAAAGUGAAUUAAGAUCUUUUCUUUUAAUCUUGAAAGUUAGCUGUGUCAUUGACUGGUCAGACCACAAAUGUAUCAAGUAGAGUUCUGGGAAAUCUUCAAAGCAGUCUACACUUGUAGUAAUACCUGGAGGAGAAGUUGUUACGUUAAUUGCAAUUUUCACACAACAUAUGUCAUACAGUUAUGACAAGUUCAUUAGUGUAUCAGUGGGCGCUUACACUCUAGAGGAAGCUCUGAUUGAGCAUUCAGCAGAUAAGGGAUGUGUUAGAUCCAUUUUGAGAGUGUGGAAGAGGUUGAAAUCGAGUGAAAAUACAGCAAAUGGAUUACUGAAGCUCAACUCACCUCUCUAAAAAUCUCUGCGAUUGGUCAACAAAUGCCUGUCGGUGCGCACUGCACCAGAAGUAGUCAGCGUUUUCACAACUUUCGAGUGUCAUUCAUUUUUCCUCUUUGAAAUCAAUGGAUUUGCAGUAUUGCAGUAAAUCAGUUGUGGCAGAAACUGUGAAUGUUUCGGCAUUCUUACUGACACCGCAGUGAAAAAGAAAAGUGGAUUGUCACACUAGAACCACCUAAAAUUACCCACAAGUCUUAUACCCAAGUAUGCAAAAGGCCUCUUCUUUUUGCUGUUUUUUUUUUUUUUUUUUUGUUUCUCAGAAAAUAAGAUGUUUGUCUGGUGUCUUUGUAAAGAUUUUGAAGGCCUCAAAGACUUUUCACAUAGACUAUCCAAUCUGUGUAUCAUAUGUAAAGCUUUGUUGUGUCAAACAAAAUAUCUGCUUGGUCUACUUGGAACAAUUUCGAAGUUACAGAAUGAAAGCAUGACAGUUAUCUUUCAAACUGUUAAGUGUGUUGCUGCACUGAAUGUGGGGUGAUUUGUGAAAGGAAUCAAUGUUUAUCGCCUAUGCAAAGAGAGAGAGAGAGAGAGAGAUUUGCACUGAAGUUUUCAAGGUCUUAGCACAUUCUCCUCAGGAAACGAAAGGACUGAUGCAUUCUGAUAUUGUCAAAAGAGGUUUGAAUGGUGGGUGUAAAAACGCAUCAGAAAUCUCAGUCACAACUGUUUUCAAUUGCACUAUUUUUUUAUUACCAAAAUUUUAAAAAAAAAUCCUUUAGACUAAAACCACAGAUUUCUGUAAAUUAUGUAUUUUGUAACAGUACUAUUGUGUAACUGGUUGGAUGUAAUUUUUUAGACAAUAAAUUUUAACGUAAAGCAUCAUGAAAACUGUGGUCAUUUUAUUUUACAAAUAAUAAAAAUAAAUUGAGAACCUGUAAUGAAAAACAUCACCAGCUAAAGAUUUGUAGUACUACCGUUUUAUUUGGAUGGUUACAAGGGGUUUAUUUGCUACCUUAAAUUUAAGCUUGUUGUCAUAGAUCAGAUCUGAGCAUCAGGUUUUUAAAAAGUGUAGAUUGUCAGUUCCACGGCAGCUGUUCAAAUUCUGAAGUAGUAAAUGUGAAACGUGUUGGUUUGGCCAUUUCAGCUGCACAUGCUCAUCAGGUCUUUCAUAUGUAUGGAUUAUUAGGUAAACCUGGGCUUCAGGUUUGUUCUUACCUAAAUGGUGCUCAUCCGCUUAUUAGCUGAGCCAGUCUAGACCAAUACCUAAUGAGAUUACAGUCAUCACAGUAUGAAUAACACAAAGCACAUGCCUCUGUCUGAAUCUUUUACUAACAGAAGAUGGAAAAAUUAGAACAAGAACAAGUAGUGGAAUUGCUGUUUGGUUUUGUGAGUUUGGGUUGAUAAUUUGUGAAGCAAUUGUUCAGCAAACAAUAGGAAGCUAUGCUAUUCUGCGUUGUGGGUUUUUCAUCUUUCUUUGUUGAAUUUGAGCAGUAAAAUCUGUUUCGGUGCUGUGGUUGCUAGGGAAACUGUCUUUUGGGGCUGCUUUUGGUAGCUAAGGGCAGGUGAGUUAGGGAGAGUAUCCCUCUUGCAGUUUGUCAGUGCUUUGGCUAUCUUCAGUAUCUACCACUAGAUGACACAGUGAAAGGAUAGGAGGAAUUGGACAGGAAAUACAGUAACUGAUGUGAAAGUAGCAUUUAUAAUAAUAUGAUAAACAGUGACAAUUUAGAGGUGACUUUUUCCCUUGAUUAAAAAGGGAAAAUACAAAUAUUUCGAUUUAAUUAUAUGCUCAUUAAUAAUGUCUCAAUGUUUUUCUUUUUAUGUUUUUGGUAAUUUCCAUUAUUCUCAAAUGGUGAUAUUCAUUGCAUUUUUUGUACUCUUGUACAGUGAAAAGAACUGUAAUACAAUAUAAUAUCACAUAUAGCAUACACGUUACCAUACUGCAAGCUACCAUAAUACUUGACAAUAUAUAUAGAUACUAUUUAUUUGCAUUACAAUAAUACAUUUUUGGUACUUUAUAAUAUGUUUCAGUAUUUUUAACAUUAUUUAAUGAAAUAUCUGACAAGAAAUAGCACUAAAUAAUACUUUUAAAGCAUUAAUUAAAGUUUAUGUCAAUUUUUACAUAGAUAUAUUUUUAACAUUUCAGAUUUUAUAAAUUAACAUUAAUGUAUUAUAGAUGAGGUCCGUGUAUCAUCCAAUCAUCCAGUUAUUCCAUUCAAUCUGGCAAAAAAAAAAAAACAGUAUCAUCAGAAGCAUAAUUAAUGUUACAUAUAAAAGUAAUACACAACCCUCUCUAUCAGCGUAUGAAUUAAUGUAGUACAGAAGACGGGGCUCUUUGACCAAUCAAAUGUAAGGGGCUUUUCAGCACCGCCCACAUGUGUGAAUGAAAUAUUGAAGCCAUAAACCGAUUUGUAAACCACAAACAAAAUAAGAGAUGUCAAGCCAAGUCAAACCCCCCCCCACCCCAAAAAACCUUACAUUUCUCGACUAUAUUCCCCCACAGAAUGCCAACUUUAAAUUUUUGGUUCAUACAGAAAAAACAGAAAAACAAAAUAUUGACAAUUUUUUCCCAUUUUUUCGUUUGAAUGGAAUAAUUGAAUGAUCAGAUGAACUGAUCAACAAUAUAAUAUUUAUAAACUGAUAUUGGCCUAAAUUGUUGCUCAUCGUUAGUUUAAAUUGCCUAAUGCACUGAUCAAUAUUUUACCAAAUUACCAAACAGGGUUGCCAGGUCUGUGAAACCAAAACCAGUCCAUUUGUUAAUCAAAACUAGCCCAACAUGAGCCCAAUCAUGUUCUUUGCCUCAGUUUUCCCCUUUGUCAGGGGAGUCCCUCCAUCAAAAUCACGUUCCGGUGAAAUCACUUGAAAGCCCCUGACUUCAAAAACAACCAGCAACCUGUUGUCGCAACAGUGUAAAAGUCACCCUAUUUCGCAGUAAAACUGCAGACUUCGCAACCCUGUUAACAAAUUUGUUUGUGCAUCAGUAGUGUGAAAUUUGGGGCGGAUGAAUGCUUUGCUGUCGAGAAAGUACUGUCACAAUGUAUUUAAAAAAAUGGUGCUUGUAAUGGGCAUUUUUUUUCAUUAAAGCUGCAGUCCGUAACUUUUUUUGGUUAAAAAUUAUCCGAAAUCAAUAUUUGAGCAAGUACAUAACCAGCCAGUGUUCAAAACUAUCACCUUACUUUAGCCCGAUUCACAACGGUUAGCUUAUAAUAAUGUUUUCUAAUUCGAGUGGUACGGGUAGGUUUUCGCAGGAAAUUCGAGCAUGGUACUGCGUCAUUACGUCACGUCUGUAAACAUAAAGAAGUUGUCCCGGCUACUAGGCUAUCACAUGUGAGGACCCUGCAGGUGACGGAACGUUUAGCCUUUUCUCACAGCAGCUAGAAUAAUUAAAUGUAUCAUUUUGAUGGCGGAUUGUAAUCCAGAAAGUAUUAUGUGUUUAUGAAACACAUGUGAAUGAAAUUAAAUUAUAUUCCAGUUUUAAAUGUGCUUCUGAUUACAGAUAGCCUGAGAUUACACAAGAUUUGUAUUUUAAAGAAAACCAGUUUGAAGGGAGCAUAGUUUGCUUUUUGGGUUAAAAGAAUUUCUUAAUAUGAAAUUCGAAUGGCAUGAAAUUUAGAUUAGACUGUACAGAAAUUGAAAUCUACACGCUAAUACACACUAUACUCAUAGUGAUGCAAUGCUAGUGUUGUUAAUUUGAGAAUAAAGUAUAACAAUAAUAAUAAUUUGCACGGUUUGAUGUGAUAUGAGCUAACCAAUCUUUAGAUUAAAUCACCAUUGGUAGCGCGAUUUAUUGUAAUGCUUUUUUCCUCAGUUGGCCAGAACAAACGUGGCAGACUUGUUACUUACUUGUUCAGAUGACAAUAUACAGUGAAAAUUCUUAUUUGGGUCAUAUAUUCCAAGACGUAGGCUAGAAUCUGUGAUUGCGAAGUACAGUUAACAUCCACAAUGGUGCAGUGACUGACAGCUACAUACUCCUCAAAACAUUAGAUUCAUCUGCACUGGAGCCGUGCCGACUCACAACCCCACGCAAGCGAGAUAAUUCCGCAAGUAACUGCCAUUCCAGGUUUUCAAACAGAGAUGGCGACAAAGAGGGAAAAUUUAUGGACUGCAGCUUUAAAGGAAAACGCCACCGUUUUUUCAUAUUCCAAU